GUCUUUGUUCAACUCAGUUGCUGAACGACCAUCUGACCGACAGGGUCGUUAAAAACCAUUUGGCCCAAGUUUUGAAAUAAGUUUUUAUAUUGUUUCAACUCUUUUUAUUUUAUUUGGUCAUCCUCUCCGCUUCCACCACACACACACACAAAGUUUUUCUCUCAUUUGGCUAGAAGAAAAUUAAUCACCAAUCAUUCCUGUUAAAAGGCGAAAAAGUUGUUUGAUUCAGUCGUUGAUGGGUUGGCCCGGUUGUCCUUGAUUGAUAUCGAGUCGAUUCUUUUAAUGUAUUUAAAAGUUGAGAGUGUCAGUGCUGUGGAGAUUGCGUCAAGCUCAUCUUCGUCUACCACCACCACCACCACGUCGAGACUAGGCAGUAACUCGCUGUCGUCUUUGUCGUCGUCGUCCAAUCGUCCAGGAGUUACGAAAAUUCCCGUUCCGUUGCACCACCGACUGGGUGGCGGGGCGGCCGCCGCUGCUGCUGCUGUUGCUGCCGCCGCCUCUGCCGCCACUGGGGCCGCCUGCACUCCCGAUGAGAUCUACUGUUACACUCAGUCCAAUUCCAACAACAUAAAUCGGACGACGAGCCUCCAUUUCAAUCACCACUAUCAACAAUUCAACAACCAUCACUAUUACAACAGCCAGUCGGCAGCAGCCAUCAGCAGCCCAGCAACAGCACCCAACAGGGGAGGAUUCGGUCGGUUACCACCUCAAGCACAUCAUUACGAUUUGGCAACUACCAAUUCAUCUCCCAACAUGGGAAUUCAUCACAUUGGUGCGGCUGAUUUUGCUUCAACUGUCGAUGUACAACACGGCCCUGGUCGACCAGACCGGCUGGAACAGGUCAUGUCUUUGCAUCCGCAAUAUUUGAAAAUAUUCACCAAGUCGCAGUCGUUCAUCAUGCGAGGCGAUGGACCGUUACCCUUCCACUACCGACACUACAUCGCCAUUAUGGCCGCUGGUCGCCAUCAAUGUUCGUACCUGAUUCAACAGCAGGUGAACGAGUUCCUUUUGCAGGGCGGAGACGAGCGCUGGCUCAACGGACUCCAUUCGAUUCCGGCCAAACUGAGGGAUCUCUACGAAAUCAAUAAGAUUUUGGCUCACCGGCCUUGGCUCAUCACCAAGCACCACAUUGAGAAAUUGACUAAGGGCAGCGACAGUUGGUCACUGGGCGAAUUGGUGCACGCGCUGGUGAUCCUCUCGCACUACCACGCCAUCUCGUCUUUCGUUUUCGGUGUCGGAAUUGGGGACGGUGAAGAUGAACCGCCUUGCUGCUGCCCGUCUAUCGCCCACAAAUCGGCCACUACCACGGCCACUGCUUCGGUUCCAUCUGGUAAUAGUAGUAGUGGACAAUCAACUCCGACCUCGGCAUCUCCUCCGCUAACGAACGGCGGCGGCGGGAGUCCUUUGGUGUUGGCAACUCGAGAAAUCGUCACGGCUCCAACUACAUCGGCUGCAACCGGAGCCGGUUCCAAUCAAGGAUCGAGGUCCAAUUCGGGCCGUGGAUCGCCUGACGAGCCUCGGAGCGCCGCUGGGAGCCGGCGCGGGACCUUGUCGACUGGCGAUUUUGGCAUGAUGCAAGAUCACGAGCUGAUGGCCGGAGGGCUGGACGCUUUGAUGAUGCGGAUGAAGAAUUUGGACGAGCACCGACAAGAGUACAGCGCCGAGGAGCAGACGAAACGCUACGAACACGUCGAGAGUCAGAGCGCCGAAUUGGGUGUGGUUGGAUCGUCUACCACGUACGUCGAUGGAUUUUCAUCCAGCCGUCCCAAACCGGAAAUUAGUCAAUUUAUCGACGACCCCGAUUUCACUUACCAGGACUUUGCCCGUCGCGGCUCAGUGAAUUUGAUUCCGACAUUUCGUGUGCAGGACUAUUCUUGGGACGAUCACGCUUUCUCGCUCAUCAACCGGUUGUACAACGACGUGGGCAACUUGCUGGACGACAAAUUCCGGCUCAUGUACCAGUUGACGUACAACUUUAUGGGCUCGAAGAAGGACGUUGACACGUCACGCUUCCGCACGGCCAUUUGGAAUUACAUUCAGUGCAUGUUUGGCAUCCGUCACGAUGACUACGACUACGGCGAGGUGAAUCAGGUGCUGGAACGAUCCUUGAAGGCCUACAUCAAGACGGCCGUCUGCUUUCCCGAACGAGUCACCAGAGCCGAUUACAACAACAUCCUCAAGGAGCUCCAUCACUCGGAAAAGAUUCACGUCAAUUUGAUGCUAUUAGAGGCUCGCAUCCAGGCCGAGCUGCUCUACGCUUUACGUGCCGUCAUGCGUUACAUGACUUAAAAACAAAAACAGAAAACCGUUUAUCAUUUUUCUUCGAAUCGCCAAAACGCAUCAAAAAGAGGCGUUUUAUUUUUAACAAAACAGUAGACACACACUCCCCC